CCGCCGGGCGGGUUGUUCUAACAGUAAACCACACUUACAGUACAUUACAUUACUACAUUCACUAUGUUGCGUUUUAGUGCCUGUAUUACCCCAUUGGUAUGGUCGGGGGCUAAGCUACAACCAAUGGUUGUCAAGUAGCACGAGGUAAUCAACCUAACCGAAUGCAAUAGUGCAAUAAAUUUCAGGCUUGAACCGGGUAACUUUUGCGAAUUCCAUCUCAUCACUUUUACUAGCAUUAACACUUGUAUGUAACACAACAUUUUACUUCAAUCGUGUUUGUCUAAUCGCAACGAAAACAUCAUGAUCGCUCUUAUUAUUCGCGUGUGCUUUAUAACAACGAUAAUAAAUCCAGUAUUGGCAGAGCUGCCUUCAUAUAUUAAAGCGUGUAAAAAGUCGGAUCCGGAUAUUAAUAAAUGUAUAACGAACACUAUUGAAAAUUUGAGAAUAAAAUUAUCUAAUGGGAUACCUGAACUUGAUGCACCAGCUAUUGAACCUUUAGUUUUAAAACAUGUUCGUCUGGUUCGAGGACCUGAAGGUGCUAGACUUGAUGUCAAUCUCACGGACAUUCAGGUGAAAGGUCCAUCUACAUUUAAAAUACGAGAAUUUAAAGCUGAUGUUGACGAUGUUACUUUUACAUUCAAAGUCAGCUUUGGAGUAUUGAGUUUCCGAGGAAAGUAUCAAAUAAAUGCACGACUAUUAUUGUUGAGACUUGCUGGAAGUGGUGAUAUAACAGGAAAUUUCACUGGUUAUGAUUCUGAUGUGACGCUUCAUGCUGAAAAAGUUGUUAAAAAUAAUGAAGUAUAUCUUAACUUUGAAAAAAUGAAACUUGUAAUAAGAAUUGGAAAGGCUGAUAUAUAUCUUUCAAAUCUAUUUGGUGGUGAUCCUAUUCUUGGUCCAGCCAGCAAUCAAAUACUCAAUGCAAACAGUAAUUUGUUAUUAGACGAAAUAAGACCUGUUUUAGAAACAGCUCUUUCCGAUUUAUUCACAGACGUUGCUAAUAAAGUUACAAAUUCUUUCACAUAUAAUGAAUUAUUUCCAGACGAUUAAAACAUUUUUAUAUUAUUAUUUACAUUGUUUAGUCAAAGAAAUAAAAAAAAUAAAAAUUUCGGACAUUUGUAAGCUUAAAAAAUAACUCUCAAGAUAUUUUAUAAUGAUCGUUACCAUCACGAUUAUUAAUGUGAUGACAUGAGUCGAAUGUUAAGAAAAAAAAAAAAAACUAAAAAAAAAUUACGGUAAAAUUU